AUGGCGAUGAUUCGCAGCCAUCCGGACUCGCAUCAACUGCGAGUAACGGAACAUUUGUUUAACUUGAAGUUUGCUGUAAAAGAGCUUACUAGGAAUGCCAAGAAAUGUGAUAAAGAAGAAAAAGUUGAAAAGGCCAAGAUUAAGAAGGCUAUUCAGAAAGGCAAUACAGAAGUUGCCAGAAUUCAUGCUGAAAAUGCAAUCAGUCAAAAAAAUCAAGCAAUCAUCUAUUUGAGAAUGAGUGCUAGGAUUGAUGCUGUCACAGGCAGAGUUCAGACUGCAGUAACAAUGGACAAAGUAGCAAAAUCCACAGCAGGUGUAGUUAACUCUAUGGAUGCUUCUCUGAGGACUAUGAACCUUGAAAAGAUUUCUGCCUUAAUGUACAAAUUUGAACACCAUUUUGAAACCCUGGAUGUUCAAACACAACAAAUGGAAGACACAAUGAGUAGCUCUACAACUCUAACAACACUACAAAACCAAGUGGACAUGCUACUUCAAGAAAUGGCAGAUGAAGCUUGCCUUGAUCUCGAGGACCUUUCAAUGGGCCAAACAGAGUCUGUUGGCACCAGUAUUGUUUCUAUGGAACAGGAUGAACUGUCACAGAGGCUUGGUCGUCUUCGUGACCAAGUGUAA